GAACCAAAUAUAAAAGCGUAAAUUACUAAAUUAGCUAACAAAAACACGGUUUUCGUUGCAUAUAUAAUGUCCCCAGUUUAAUGAUAUGCUUUAGCGCCACCAGCGUACACCGGGAAAUACGAUAUUUUCAAAUCGAGAGAGCAACGGUCGAUUUUGAUUGUCCCAAGUUUGUUUGCAUAUAGCGUUUAUAUCUAAUCUUGUUUAGGCGUUCGCACAUUCCUUCUAAAUCUGAUUAUACUUCGCCUUAUCUUUAAAAUUAAGGAUGCCACAUAUAAGUAGUAUUAGAAACAUUGGAAGUUGUAAUAACAGAUUUAAAGGUGAAGAAGAUAAAAAGCGCUUUGUUAUUUAUAUCUCUAUUAUAAAUAUCCGUCCUCAUUAUUUCAGUGUUGUGUUAGUAUACCGAUGUUGCCUAUUUAGUUAUUUAACUGCCAAAAUGAUUUCACCGGUCAAGACGUCCAUACCAUUACCAGAGCAGCAUUUUUAUGACCCUGACCACAAUGUUAUAAAGUUAAAGUAUGAAAAAUGGGAAGAAUUCACCGAGCUUAUAGUUAGUCAUCUGACCAGGCUUCUUGAUCUGCCUGGUGACCAAUUGGAGACAUUGAGAGGUGAUUGUGAGUCUGUGUUAAAAGAUUCAGGAAACAAACUUCAUCUCAGUGCAAAGAAGUCCUGGAAUCCUCUGAAGAAAAAGGACAGUAAGUAUUCUGCCCUUAGCUCCAGUUUGACAGAUGAAAGUCUGUCACAAAUCCAGCAACUGACAGAUUUUCUUGGUAAGCACCUUACUGUAGAAGGUUUGUUUCGUAAACCUGGUAAUUCUAUUCGCCAGAACCAAUUGGUUACAGCAUUGUCAACAGGAGUGUAUAUUGACUUUGAUAAAAGUCAGUUUCAGGCCCAUGAUGUUGCCUGUGUUUUAAAAACCUAUCUAGGCCAACUGUCAGAACCUUUACUGUUACCAUCAAAACACUUCAAUGCUCAUGUUCAAAUUGCAAACAUGAUGCAGCAAGAUGAUAAUGGAGAAGAAGUUCCAAACAAAGGAAAACGAAUUGAAACUUUACAACUGUUGCUACUGCUGUUGCCAACAGCACACCGCAAAGUUCUAAGAGGAAUUCUCAACCUGCUGUAUCAAACUGCAAGACAUCAAAGUGAAAACAAAAUGAAUGCUGCAAAUCUGGCAGCCAUGUUUACACCACACUUGAUCUGGCCCCGCCAUGUUAAAGCUUCAGACAUACACGAGAGUGUUGCAAAGUUGAACAAUCAUGUAGCAUUCCUUAUCAGGCAUUCACAAAAAAUCCUGAUUGCUCCAUUUUACAUCAGAGAAGCUGCUAAUGUAUAUUUCCCAGAGACCAAAACACAAUUUCUCUCUCCUAAAGUAAGCACAACCUUCUUGGUUGCUCCUUCAAGUGCUAUUAAACGUACUGCAAGUGAACGACUUCAAUACACUGACAAAGCUAAAGCAGAGACAGAAAAUGCGAUGAGUAACUUGUACGACCAGGUAUCCUUGAUGCCCAACUCUGCUAAGAAGAAAAAGAUUGUAAAGAACUUCACUAAACACCAGGAGGUUAUAAAAUACAACAGCAAAAACAGGAAACGGCACCGCACACUGAGUGGGAUGCUGAGAAGAAAGAACCUUAUCGCAUCAACUGUAAAGCCUCGUCCGAAAGAUUCUUACCACAGCUUCCCGCAACCUGAAGAGGAAAUGCCAAAUCUGUCACAGCUUGGUUUGAAACUUCCUAAACCUGACUUGUUAAAUGAUUGUAAUGCGGAAACUAGGUCACUUAAUGCGGAUGUCAAAUUUUCAUGCACAAGCAAGACAAGCCAUGCUAGUCUUCCUGGAAACAUACAAAACAAAGUCGAAAUUCGUUCGCCCAGGUUAACAGCAUUAUCAAAGCAAUUUCGUCUGCGUCAGACCAAAAAAGCCUUCUCUCCAUCUCUGGCAAGUAAGGAAAACCAGCCACACAAGUCACCCAUGAAGUAUGCAAAGGUUUCUACUGUAUAAAGUGCAAGUGCUGCAUCAAUAAUUCUGCCACUGAUUAAAACCUGUGCUUGAAAAUAGGAGUAAUGUCGAUUGGUGUUUUGCUGCUAAUAUAUAUAGCUGUGUAGUGCAAAUCUUUUACCCCUUUCUUUCUUUUAACUUUUCUGUGCAACUUGGGAUAACUGUGUUAAACCAGAGCAUCAAAAAAUAAAUGAAUUAUUUAUGUUACAUGAGCCUUAUUAGACAGUCUACGUUUUAAGAUACUGUAACUUAAUUUAUUUGAUUUGGUUGAUCACUUGUACCUAAAUGAAAAAAAACAGUAGUGUAGAAUACCUAGUUUACUCAGCUCUUUCUGUUUGUAUAAAUUGAUUGCCUGUUUCCUUGCCAUGCCAAAACAAUUUGUUCCAUUCUUUACCACCUGCAGUAAAGGUUCUGCCAUAUAUACAGCUACUGAGUGCUGUAGCAAUCAUAUUGAAGUAUUCUCAUUCCAACAACUUUUUAUCCAAGUCAUGUCGAUUCACAUCAUAUUUGUACUGAUUUUAUUGGUCAUGUGUAUUUUACCAGAUUGGCCUUGAAGUCGGAAUCAGGGUCAGUUUAUUUACCCACUUUGUAUUUUGAAAUAAAACAGCUAUUUCGUGGUUUAUACAAUA